CACACUGGAAGUAGGGCUCGUCCUUCACUUUCUAUAGAGAGACACCGAGAGCGCCAGGCACACCAGAGAGACGCUGGGAGACACCAACUGCGGGAUUGUGGCACAUCAGGGUUUAUUGAAACAAAAACACAAUUUCAAUAUUAUUUAUAUACAUUAUAUAAAUGUAAUUUGACGUGUGCCAUCCCAGCGAGAAAAAUCACCAUAUCUAUAUUUUAUUUCUUAGAUAAGUUUGAAUUAUUUUUUCUGCUGUGUUGGGCUGUUGUACAGAGGUACAGUGUCCUAUGAGGAGUUCCAAUACCUCGUAACGGCUGUUAAUUUCAGCGCAAAGACACACGCGCCAAGGAUUACAAUGCUAAAGUUUUGGGGGGUUUUGGUCACUGUUGUGGCUCUAUCCUUGUUGGUGGAAGAGGUUACUGGGGGUUAUGGGAUGAGCAUGUUUGCUGCUCAGACCUCCCCGCCGGAUCCGUGUUACGAUGAGAACGGCAACCCAAGAAGAUGCAUCCCUGACUUUGUCAACUCCGCGUUCGGCAAGGAGGUGCGGGUUACCAGCACCUGUGGCAAGCCGCCGGCGCGGUACUGCGUGGUGACGGAGAAAGCAGAGGAGAAGUCCAGGAACUGUCACAUCUGCGACGCCGGAGACCCCAAAAAGUGUCACCCGCCAGCCUACCUGACAGAUCUGAACAACCCGCACAACCUCACCUGCUGGCAGUCAGAAAAUUACCUCCAGUACCCGCAGAAUGUCACUUUGACUCUGUCCCUCGGCAAAAAAUUCGAGGUCACCUACGUGAGCCUGCAGUUUUGCUCGCCUAGACCCGAAUCCAUGGCCAUCUACAAGUCUAUGGACUACGGCAAAUCGUGGGUCCCGUUCCAGUUCUACUCGACUCAGUGCAGAAAGAUGUAUAACAAGCCCAGCAAAGCGGCAAUCACUAAACAAAACGAACAGGAGGCGAUCUGCACCGACUCCCACACCGACAUGCAUCCGCUCUCCGGGGGACUUAUUGCCUUCAGCACCCUGGACGGUAGACCCUCGGCUCACGACUUUGACAAUUCUCCCGUUCUUCAGGACUGGGUUACCGCCACUGACAUCAAGGUGGCAUUCAGCCGCCUGCACACUUUUGGGGACGAGAACGAGGACGAUUCGGAGCUGGCUCGGGACUCGUAUUUUUACGCGGUGUCAGACCUACAGGUCGGGGGGCGCUGCAAGUGCAGUGGCCACGCUUCCAGGUGCGUAAAGGACAGGGAUGACGAUUUGGUUUGCGAGUGCAAGCACAAUACUGCAGGGCCGGAGUGCGACCGGUGCAAACCAUUCCACUAUGACAGACCGUGGCAACGCGCAACAGCCAGGGAGGCAAAUGAAUGUGUGGCCUGCAAUUGUAACCUGCAUGCCCGCAGGUGCAGGUUCAACAUGGAGCUUUUCAAACUGUCUGGGAGAAAGAGUGGCGGGGUCUGUCUCAACUGCCGUCACAACACAGCUGGACGUCACUGCCACUACUGCAAAGAGGGCUACUACCGGGACAUGUCCAAACCCAUUUCCCACAGGAAGGCAUGCAAAGCAUGCGAUUGUCAUCCUGUGGGUGCAGCGGGCAAAACCUGCAACCAAACCACGGGCCAAUGUCCCUGUAAAGAUGGCGUGACCGGGAUCACAUGCAACCGAUGUGCAAAAGGCUACCAGCAAAGCCGCUCCCCCAUUGCCCCCUGCAUAAAGAUUCCAGUUGCUCCUCCCACCACCCCUGCCAGCAGCACAGAGGAACCUGCAGACUGUGACGCCUACUGCAAGGCCUCCAAAGGAAAGCUGAAGAUCAACAUGAAGAAGUACUGCAAGAAAGAUUAUGCCGUGCAGGUGCACAUCCUGAAAGCAGACAAGGCCGGGGAGUGGUGGAAGUUCACGGUGAACAUCAUCUCCGUGUACAAGCAGGGAGAGAACCGCAUCCGGAGAGGAGACCAGCUCCUCUGGGUGCGCUCCAAGGAUGUGGCCUGCAAGUGCCCCAAAAUCAAACAGGGCAAGAAGUACCUGCUGCUGGGCAACGACGAGGACUCUCCGGACCAGAGCGGCGUGGUGGCAGACAAGGGCAGCCUGGUGAUACAGUGGAGAGACAUGUGGGCCCGGAGACUCAGGAAGUUCCAGCAGAGAGAUAAGAAAGGAAAGUGCAAGAAGGCCUAAAGAAGAAAGAGGAAGGGUGCGAGAGAGGGAGAGAGAAGGGGGAGGAGACUGAGCGGUGCUGCUUUGAGUAGGAGCACGAAGAGAAAAUUAGGAUGACUUUAGGAACUUUUGUGAAGGAGCUCACACUACUUUGCAGUUUUUUUUUAGAUUAUUUUACUUUUGGAUUUGCCGAGUUUGCACCUAAUAUUACAAAUACAUAAUUCUUCUUCUUCUUCUUCUUCUUCUUCUUCUUCUUCUUCUUCUUCUUCUUCUCUUCAUUGUUUUUUUCUUUAGUUUUUUGGUGUAAACCAAAUUCCAUACGUUUUGAACAGAACUUCUUUUAGUCCGGCUACCAAAACCCAGUUACUGUAUUGCUUUUCAAUUCCAAAAGCAGCACAAUUCCUUUUCUUGACGUUAUUUUUAGGACAAGCAAAUCCGGAUUACUGCUAAGUCCUAAUGCCUGGUCACAGGAACUGUGUAAUCUUUAAAAAAAAAAAAAAAAAAAAAAAAAAGGAACUUGUUAACUUUUUAGAUGUAUAGUUAAACUAAGCUUUUGUUGUGGUUCCUGCAUUCAGUAUCUUGUUAGAAAAAAUGUUGACACAUCCCAUACCUAAGCAAAAGGCUAUAUCAUGGAACAUUACCUCAAUAUAUUAUAGUUCACUCUAUGGUAGGAUAUUAAAGUGCCAAAAUUGUACGUUUUGGGGAAAGUCUAGUUCUUGUGAUGUGUUGAAGUUGACAAGCUCUUGACUUAAGUUUCGAAUCCCAGUGGAGGCUGGGCACUGUAAGUGCCACCCAGUUGCUGAAUCUUGUGAAUGAAGAGAACAUGUCUGAGCCCUUUUAUGGGAGGAGUUAAAAAUAAUGUGUUUUCUGAUGUAGCGAGACAGGUAAUAUACUCUUUUUGACCAAAUGAGUCUGUGUGGGACUCUGUAAACCAGGCGAAAGAGGCACCAACUCAUUCCCAUUGACCAUUGCUUUUUAAAAUCUUUCUUCCCUUGAUGGAACUGACUUAGUCUCAAAAGCUUAAGCAUUUGGGCCACGUUGCCAAUCAGAAUCUGAGAUCUAAACUCAAUCCAAGGACACUCAUGUUUACCGCUUUGCCAUAAUCGCAGAUUAUUUAAAGAGUUAAUUUCGACUUGACCUCCACUGUGUCUGAUCCAUGUUUCCCAACACACACUCAGCUUUAAUAUUAUACAGUAUAAUCUAAACAUUGUGCUGUUUCUAAUGCUUCCAUAUCUAUACAUUCUGUACAUGUAAGUGUUUCAACCCCACCUCCACCAAAUUAAGAUGCAUUUCCUGUAGACCCACAGAGCAGUCAGCAGACAAUCAAGUUUGUCCCUGAUAGUUACUUCCACUCGGCACAAUCCUUCAUGAGCAAACUCCUUCAUUUCUUUCUCAAGACCUGAGCUACUGGCUUUCUCUCAAUCCCCAUGUAUAACACGCUGAGUUGUUGCACCAGCCCUUCAGGAGAGCUGGGUUUUAACAGAGCUGCUCCUGCGCAAGCACUUACAGCCAUCUAACCAGAUGUAACAGACAGCAGGGACAGGACCACCAGAGGUAAAGGAACUUGUGGACUUUUGACAUUGCCCCAGAUUGACGAUCUUUGACAGCCUGGCAUCACGACUCCUGCCGAUUCUGCAAAGCAGCCCACAACCAGGCUUCCCACAGCCCUUCCAGAAAUGUAGUAUGUUGAGUGCACCGCUAGGGUCUCCUGUGCAGUACUGCUGUAAUAGGCUAUCAAUAUACAGUGGUAUAUAUUUGUAGCAUGCUGUUUUCUUGUACGUAAGCUCUUUGUUCUUGUUAUACCACUGUACAGAUAAGAAGAUUGGCUCUAUUAACAAAAGACGAUGCAUUAUAAAUCAUUACCUCCACUUUUGCAGGCCUUUUUUCUAGUCUUUUUGUAGUAGAAUUAGCAACCAGUCUAACCAGAGCUGUGGUCAUCUCUUUUGUAAAUACAGCCUUUAGAGUUAUUUGUAAAGGGGUGGCUAUUCUGUCCCAAAAAGCAUUCAACAAUGGAUGCUGUAAAAAAUAAAUAAAUAAAUAAAAUUUAAACAUCACUGAAUUCCUUGCAUUUUAGUGACCCUUACCUUGCAUCCCUCUGAUUGGCUGAGACAGACAGGAGGGGUAAUGUAUACAGCAUGUGGCUCUGUUGCAAACAUUGUGACACUUUCCUGAAAGGCAACGGCUAGCAAUAAACUACUGAUUCAAUCUUAAUAAUAAUUAUACUUAUAGCAGCUUUAAAGAAGCACUGAAAAUAAAUAAAUAAUUGCAAUGCCAAAUUUCCCAAAAAACCUUUGAUCUUCUUCACUUUGCAUGUAGCACUUCUUCAAAGACAUUAGUGGUGUCAUAAAUAAAACCUUCUGUUUAUUUCUAGCUAGCCUUUGCAUUGUUAUGAACUGCUUUCAGUGUUAAAAAGUGUGGUACAACUGAGCAAAAAGCUUUCAAAUGAAUGUCAUUCACUUCCAUUCCAAAAGCUACAAUUUGGGGAAACCAUUUGAAAAUGACUGACUGUGGGCUGGAAAACCUGAAAUAAAUAAAUGUGUACAUUCUCCUGAAAAUAUUUAGCUGUUUUUAGCUCCUGAACUAUAUCCCCAUUUGUAAGGGAUGGUAUCCAGUUUUCUGCAGGUGAAUAAAAUGUAAAAUCAACUGGCACUGAUUCAACCAUUAAAAAACCACUAGAAAUCCCACUUUCCUUUUUACUGAUAGACAAAAAAAAAAGAAAAAUGUGUUGUGUUCUAAACACAAUCUUCAUUUUCUACUUAGUCAUAUUAACCAGUAUGAAGUCAUUUAUUAUUAUUUGUAAAAAAAUUAAUAAAAAAAAAACGCAGUAAAUAAAAUCAAUAUGUGAUAGAUGUGUGCAUUUUAUAAAGCUGCAAGGUUUAUUUGGUACUCAAAUAAAGGGUCUACAAGUCAUUUAAAAAUUUUUAUUU